UACUAGUACCAUCGAUGUAUCAAAUAGACUGCGAGUUGCAUUUGUUAUUAAGUCUUCGAGGCAAUCUGGUGGAGAAUUAGAAAGUCGACCUGAUUAUGAAGACUGGCAAAAGGAACAUCAAUCAGCUGGUGAACCUUCAAUUAACCUAUACAACACGAUGUUUUCAGGAGAGGAAGAACCUUCAGGAAAGAAAUUCGAAAAGGGAACAGCUGUUCGUUCUGAUU